AAAGCCAUCUUUGCAUUGUUCUGGUGUCUGCCUCUCCACUUGCUGCUGCCACCUCUGCCCCAUGCCUCCUCAGUCACUGUGUACUCCAGCAGCAUUUUCACCAGAGUCCUUGAACUGUCCCCUUUUUUUUUUAAUCCGCUGUGUAAGAUCACCGGUGUGCACACCAUGUCGGAGGUGACCCUUGAUAGCAGCUCCAAGGUCACCACCAAGGACUUAAAGGAGAAGAAGGCAGUUGUGGAGGAGACAGAGAGUGGAAGAGAUGCACCUGCUAAUGGCAACACUAAUGAGGACAAUGCAGAGAAGGAGGCUAACAAUGAGGUAGAUGAAGAAGAGAAAGAAGGAGGAGAGGAGAAGGAAGAAGAGGAGGAAAGUGAUGGUGAGGAAGAGGAUGAUGAAGAUGAGGAGGUUGAGGCAGCUACAGGCAAACAGGCAGCUGAAGAUGAUGAGGAUGACAAUGUUGACACCAAGAAGCAGAAGACAGAUGAGGAUGACUAGACAGCAAAAA